GAGCACACGGCACAGCAAGCUAAUAAACGCCGGAGAGAGAGUUCCCCCUUGCAGACCGUGGCCAUGGCUUUGGCAGUCCCUGACAGACACGGCGCUCCCGUCUCCUCACACCUGGUAGCGGACUGAACUGGGGGGCUAACACCGGGAGAAGCGUUAGCUACGCCGCUCGAGAGGGUCAGCCGCCUGGACUCGCUUGUAUAUCUCUACGUAUCGUUUCUCUCUUUUUCCCCUCCUCUCUCUCCUUCUCCUCACGUGCUAAUCCGUCUGUUCCUGGUUCACGGGCUUUAUGUUGACGGCACGGGAGGCGGCUUCAUAUCAAGUCCAGCAUUGAUCUUUCAGACCAGCACAGGGAUAUUUCCAUUUCAAACGAGGACGCGCUGCCACGGCAUGUUUCUAUCAAUGAGAAGGACCGACCUCCAUCUUCACAGCACCAGGUGGAGCCCCUGAAGAAACCUACCUGUGUAUGUUCAGAGGCGGGGACAAGCGUCGAAUUCUUCUUCAGAUGGACUCGGGGAAACCACCAGCAUUCUUUUACAAAAGACACAAGAUGGAAGAAUAGACCUCAAGACUGCCACAGCACUGCUUUACCUCCCGCCCGUCCUCUCCUCUUCCUCUGAUCAAAUCAGAGAGAACGACCUCUCCUUUUUUCUACCUCCCAGAGAAAUAGAGAUGGGAAAAGUGAAAGCAAGUUAUUAUUCGUUAUCUAUUCCUCUUUUUCGUGUCUUCGUGCAUCCAUUUACCUCAGGGAUUUUCUCUCCCACUGCCUACCUCCUCCACCGAAACGGCCAACCACAGUGACUGGAACACAGGGCAGAAACACACCUGUGACCUCUCGCUGCUGUUACCAUGACAACCUGUAUUGCCUCUCGAGCUCUCACUGCAGCCGUGACGACCAGCAACGACCUCGGACCUCUUGCCACUCGCCAGCUCAGACCUGCUCACUGCCUGAAUUGUACUGAUCCACACUUGUAGCCUGGGUUGGUUAUUACUGGACGGAGGGAAGGGGGUGCUGUUGCCAGAAAGCCAGCUACGCACUCACAAUAGCCUCACCCUUCUGUGCAAUACACUCGGCAGGAAACUAUAUACCUCAGCGACCCUCACUCAAGGAAACCGAAGGGAACUUUUCAGCAACAGCAUUCACUAUCCUGGUGCUCAAACCCAGGUAACUCGCGCUCACAAGCCCGGUGCUUCAGUCUACCCAGUAGAAGAUUCUCCUUUAGCAUCUUCCAUUUGCCUUAGAGGCAGUAGUAUAGCAACAGUAGCCAGGGAGGCCUCCAGAGAAGCAGGGUGGAGAGAAAGCGAGAGAGACUCAGGAGCGCUGCCCCGGCAGACAAUUUUAUUUUAUCGGCUUCCCCAGCAAAGUCGCAUCAUACACAAGCCUCGUGAUCCAAGCGGUAGCAUAAAUCAGCCAUUGCCCAAGAGGCCUCUGGGGAAGAUCACAGGAGAGGCUCAGAAGUUCCCCAUUUGCCUUGUGUGUCUCCCACAUGAAGCCUCAAGAGAAGUUAAUCCACCCACGGAGCAGGAGACGUUCUUAAGGGGGCCGUAACAGCAAAAUAUAUAAAGAACUCUCUGGCAGAUGAAAACCAGAGCAUUGUGAACCGUCGAAAAGUUACCACGAUCCGUAUUGUGUGACGGGGGACAACGUUCAGUACAGAGAAGAAUGCAGCGCUCUCUGAUGCGUCCACUGAUGUCCCGCCCACCGUGCUCCUCUCAGCCAACCACUGCUCAGAUUCACAGAUUGCUGUCUGUUGAAGGGGCCGCUGGCGAAUGCUGAGCAGGCUGGCGAGGUCGAGGUCCGCCUCAUUGUCCUGUGAUUGGCUGCUGGACGGGACUGAGGCUACAUGGAGCCAAUGUCCAACAAGCAGGAUAGCAACUCAUCAGAGGGAGAAGAGAAAGGGUGGCCAGAUGUGCCGAAGAGAAAGAGCAAGAACAGCCAGUGUUCGCUGAAGAGCGUGUCAGCUCUUAGUGCCUCUGUUCCAGGGUACAUCCCCAGCUACCUGGAGAAGGAUGAGCCGUGCGUGGUGUGCGGGGACAAGGCGACCGGCUAUCACUACCGCUGCAUCACCUGCGAGGGUUGUAAGGGUUUCUUCCGCCGGACCAUCCAGAAGAACCUCCAUCCAGCUUACUCCUGUAAAUAUGAAGCCUGCUGCAUCAUCGAUAAGAUCACACGCAACCAGUGCCAGCUGUGCCGCUUUAAGAAGUGCAUCGCUGUGGGCAUGGCCAUGGACUUGGUGUUGGACGAUUCGAAGCGCGUGGCCAAGCGGCGUCUGAUCGAGGAGAACCGACAGAAAAGGAAGAGGGAGGAGAUUGUGCGGACGUUGCAGACGCGGCCGGAGCCGAACAGCGCCGAGUGGGAGCUCAUCAGAAUGGCGACGGAGGCCCACCGGCACACCAACGCCCAGGGCUCCAGCUGGAAACAGAAGCGCAAGUUCCUGUCGGACGACAUCGGCCAGGGUCCCAUCGUGACCACGUCCGACGGAGAUAAAGUGGACCUGGAAGCCUUCAGCGAGUUCACCAAGAUCAUGACCCCGGCCAUCACGCGCGUCGUCGACUUUGCCAAGAAACUUCCAAUGUUCUCUGAGCUGCCUUGUGAAGACCAGAUCAUCCUGCUGAAAGGCUGCUGCAUGGAGAUCAUGUCGUUGCGCGCCGCCGUCCGCUACGACCCGGAGAGCGAGACGCUGACGCUCAACGGCGAGAUGGCCGUGAAACGCGAGCAGCUGAAGAACGGCGGGCUGGGCGUGGUGUCGGACGCCAUCUUUGAUCUGGGGAAGAGCCUGGCUCAGUUUAACCUGGACGACUCAGAGGUGGCUCUGAUGCAGACCGUGCUGCUCAUGAGCUCAGACCGCUCGGGGCUGACCAGCGUGGGGAAGAUCGAGCAGUGCCAAGAGGCCUACCUGCUGGCGUUCGAGCACUACAUCAACUCCCGCAAGCACAACAUCACCCACUUCUGGCCCAAGCUGCUGAUGAAGGUGACGGACCUGCGUAUGAUCGGGGCGUGCCACGCCAGCCGCUUCCUCCACAUGAAGGUGGAGUGUCCCAACGAACUCUUUCCCCCGCUCUUCCUGGAGGUCUUCGAGGACCAGGACGUGUGACUCGAAGAGCGUCGGGGGAAAAAAAACUGCAGCACAAACACUAAGCUCCACCCCCCCACAACGCAAAAGAACCCUGGACACGUUGAAGGAAAUAAAUGUUUUUGUGAGGGGGGGAGUGGCUGUGGCUGUGGCUGUGGCUAUGAAGGAGAAGGAAAAAAAAAAGGAUUUUUUUUCUUCUCAGUGUAAAUGUGCCCUUUAAACCUUUUUUGUUUGUUUCCUCAAACACCUACGGCACCAGCAAACACACCGUCAAGGUUUAGGUUGCAAACACACUGCCAUGAACAUAUGCAAACACUGAGCUCAUCGGUUAGCUCCUCCCUCACCUGUACAAACAAACAGCUGGACAACACUAACCUCUACUACAACCGACACUCUACAACGUCUACAAUUUUUUAAUUUUUUUUUAUCUCUGGCACCAUCAGCUCCUCAGACGACCCCCACCCCCACCCCCACCCCUACUGACCUUUCCGUCUCACAUACACACAGAAACACAAUGACAUAUAUAUGGAUAGAAAUAUAUACAUAUAUAUAUAUAUAUAUGUGCGCCAAGCACACCCCCAAUGUUACCUCAUCUGUCGUAAAAUAUGUAUUUCCACAUUAUUGUGUGGGUACGGUCGUCUCAAGAGAUGGCACAGGGCCACGCAGUCCGCAGUUACCAUAUACCUCCCUGGUAGUGUUAGAAGUUACAAUGGGAACACUUUGUAUGAAGCAUUUAUCUACAGUGAAUAUUACAGAUAUACAUAUAUAUAACAUUCUAAUGCAUUACAACAGCUGCUGUCUGCAUUGUUACGUCUUAUAACUGCAGUCGUGGAGACAAGUGUGAUUGUUGAUAGUUCAGCAUGAGUUGAGGCAACGCUUAUUGUUUUUUUAGGUGAGAAGAUGGACGCCCCUCUAACAGUGUGUUCACACCAAACAGGAAUCGAACCUUUCGCGUCGACAAUUACCUACAAAAGUCGACGCAAAGACGAGGAAUGCGCGUCAUUCGCGUGACGCUGUGUCGCAAACGGCCAUCAGCGUGGAGAGACGUUCAUGUCGCCGUCUGUGGGCACCAAGAGCUCUGCAAUGUAUAUCUAUGUAAUAUAAACCAUAGAUGGUAAGAACAAUAAGCCGUGUUCAUGCCUCCUAGCAGUGAUUAAUCCAGAGCAUUUUAACGGCAAAAGCAUGAACUCAGACUUCUUACGAGUCGUGAACGCACCAUUCCGAAUGCUGUCAUGCUAUAGAGCAGCUGUAAGGAAAUAAUAGACUAGAAAUCAUUGCAUUGUUAUGAUACAUAAUGAGCAUCUUCAAAAUAAAAUACAUUAUCGCUGUAGGCUACAUAGGAGGUGUUUCCACCACUUUUAUUGUACAGUGUCCAAAAAAAUAGUUUAGUUUCAAACUCAAGUCAUUAAGAGAAGAUUUUAAAGUCACAAGACAUGACUUGGAACUGUGUCAUGUUUACCCAUAACACUCAAAUACAGUAUAUGAAUAUAUAUAUAAAUAUACAUAAAUAUUGCUAGAAUACCUCACCAACACAUACCUCCUGUUAUCAUUACCUCACACACACAUUUGCACCCAGUUGUUUUUAUCGAUGUUUUUGCCUCCUCAAUAAGCAGACCGGGCUCCGCCACACCAUGUGCACGUGCGCCUUUUCUUAUCGGAGCACCGCCCUGUUAAUCACACCGUGGCCCCGCCUCCUCGCCUCACCCCCCACCGUCUUGUGAUGGGUUCAGCGCCGCCACGUGGUGGAGGUGGAGGUGUCACCUGCACCCGUUUCACGUCCCGCCUGAAGCCGACAAAUUCUACCUCACCUCUCAUCUCUGUGCAGCUGCCCCGCACGCGCACGCGCUCCAGCACUGGGUGCUCUGCCGACAGUACACAGCAGCUCUUUUUAAAACGGCCGUGGAUCAACGUUUGACAGCUGAAAUGGCAGACUUUGCCUUUUUUAUUUAGUGUUCACCACACACCACGAGGGACCGCAAUCACUCUGGAUUCAGUUUUUUUUAUUUGGGUACCCGAAAGGACAAAACUAGGGCGCGUGAAGGGGAUGAAUUUGUGCUGAUUAAACUUUAAAGGAAACGACAGCUGGAAGCUGGGACUCCAGUGGAAGCCAUUUUGGCCCUGUUUGGGUCGGACCAACGGGCUACUGUGGGUGGUGACUGGGAGAUGAAUAAACAGCGAGGGAGUCAGCAGUAUUCGCCCGUGGGUGUGGCCGCGUGCGUCCGGGGGACGCGGGACCCCUUGAUCUCGCGCGGCCCAGAUCCGCCCCUCGCCAGCGCAGCGAUGGAAGGCCCGAUCCCCGGAAAACGUAACAACAAUAGGAAUUAAGUACUGCUGAAAUAAGCUCCACCAACCAUAUCCCAAAUUGCCAUCCACGACGAAUAACUAUCAGGUUUUUUUCUGUUGCACUAAAACCACAAUGUCUGUAUCCCUUAGUAGCCCCGAACCCC